CGACACUUAGCCCCGUAUACGGGCUUAAAGGGCCUCUUUGUUGGGCCCAGCCAAUCAUGAGCAUUUGGGCCUCAGAUAUAGUGCUGUAUCUGCACGACUCGCCGUGGCCCGUGAGACUCGUCGGGAAAAAAAAUCGUCGUCUGCCGCUCCACUCCGACUCGCCGAGGAUGUCUUCCGCCGCCGGAGCCGGAGAGCACUCGUCUUCAUCCCGACCUGGGAAGGAGAGAGAGGAAGGUACCGACGAUAUCAACCGCAAGGUGGACGAUGAGGGAGAUCUGAGCCUGGAACUCUAUGGCGCCGAGGCGGGGUGGGUGGAGGCGCGGACCAGCUGCUCGCACCUCCCUGCCAUGCCCGCCGCCAGCGCCGACGAACUCGCGCGCGUGCCCGCGCCUGAUUCCCACUGCUCUAGAUGUCAUCACCCUUCUGAAAACUGGUUAUGCUUGAUCUGCAAGGAUGUGCUGUGUAGUCGUUUUAUCAACAAACACAUGCUGUGCCAUUAUCAAGAAACGGGCCAUUGUAUCGCCCUGAGCUUCAGUGAUCUGUCAGUUUGGUGUUUUGCCUGUGACUCCUACCUAGACGCUCAAUCCAUUUUAGAACUGCUCCCAGUUUAUGAAGUUGCACAUCUGUUGAAAUUUGGAGAAAGGCCCCCUUUUCGAUCACUUGAAGUACUGGAUUUGAGCAGUGGACAAAAUGGAGGUUCAUCUUCAAGUUCCUAAUGUGUGAUCCUCUGUCAGUGAGUUUUUUUGUCAUGAUGACAGUAGCCCAUUGUGUGAGAUGGACCUUGCUAAGCACCAGCACAAAUAUAAGUCAGCUAAUGGUCAUGUUCCUCAUUACUCCUGCCGAAGUACCUGUUAGGCGUGAAGCAAACUGAUAAUUGUAAAAGUCUGUUUACCUUUGGACAUGAUAAAGGCAUUAAAAUUGCCUUGAUGUUGACAUCCAGAAAAGUAUUCAAUUGCGAAUAUAUUUUUCUCCAGUGACUGAUGUAGUUUAAGCUUAUCCACAAAGAUAUGAAAGUUUAGGUAUGUGCCGUUUGACUUUAGAUUCUCAGAUAAGAGUUGUGCUCUGCUCACUAGUCUCUGAUAGUGCAUAAUUGUUGGCACUACAGGCUGA